UCAUAACGAAGCGAGACAUGAGUUGGUGGAUAAUUACUUGGCUUCUUUUGUGUGGUGGUGCAAAAUCCAUCAAGAAUAAUCACCAAUCAUGCUCUUCUAACAUCGAUUACAAGGAUGCUUUGAGCAAAGGUAUCUUGUUCUUUCAAGGACAACGUUCUGGGAAAUUGCCUGCAAACCAGCAAGUCAAGUGGAGGGCAGACUCUGCACUCUCCGACGGCCACGUCGAAAAUGUAAAUUUAACUGGAGGAUAUUAUGAUGCGGGCGACAAUGUGAAGUUCGGAUGGCCUAUGUCAUUUUCGAUGAGCUUGUUGAGUUGGGUUGUGAAUGAAUAUGGAAAGGAGAUAGAUUCAUCGGAGCUCAAAAACCUUCUAACUGCAAUCAGAUGGGGAACUAAUUUCUUACUCCGCGCUCACACUUCUUCCACCACUUUCUACACUCAGGUAGGCGAUGGCAAUAAAGAUCACGCAUGUUGGGAGAGGCCGGAGGACAUGGACACGCCGCGAACACUCUACAAGAUCACUCCUACUUCCCCCGGAACCGAGGCCGCGGCUGAGGCCGCCGCCGCCCUUGCCGCUGCUUCCAUUGCUUUCAGACAACCUGAUCCCAACUAUUCCCACCAUCUCUUGCGCAGCUCUAAAUCGCUGUUUGAGUUUGCAGACAAGUAUAGAGGAUCUUAUCAGGGAUCUUGCCCAUUCUACUGCUCCUUCUCUGGUUAUCAGGAUGAACUGCUUUGGGCAGCUACGUGGCUGUACAAGGCAAGUGGAGACACCACUUAUCUCAACUAUGUCUCAACCAACCAUGGCUGGAGUCAGCCUGUUUCCGAGUUCAGCUGGGACAACAAAUUUGCUGGAGCUCAAAUUUUACUAGCAAAGGAAUUUCUUGCAGGAAAAACAAGUCUGUCAAAGUACAAAGAACAUGCUGACUCAUUUGUAUGUGCGUUGAUUCCAGGCAGCAGCUCUCUACAGUUUAAGACAACCCCAGGAGGGCUGGUGUAUGUGAGAGACAGCAGCAACCUACAAUAUGUUACUGGUGCUUCAAUGGCACUUGUUAUCUACUCCAAAAUUCUAGGUGGAGUCGAUGGGGUUCAAUGUGGAUCUGUGAAGUUUUCGCCCUCCAAUAUCACAGCUUUUGCAAAAUCACAGGUAGACUACAUUCUUGGCAAGAAUCCCUUGAAAAUGUCGUACAUGGUUGGCUUCGGCAGCAAAUUUCCAAUGCGGUUGCACCAUAGAGGCGCGUCGAUCCCCUCGAUCCGGACCAGUCCGGCAAAGGUGGGCUGCAACGACGGGUUCUCGACAUGGUAUCCAUCGCCAAAUCCUAACCCCAACACUCAUAUUGGCGCAAUUGUUGGAGGGCCUAAUUCAAACGAUGAAUUCUCCGACUCAAGAUCGGAUUACUCGCAUUUGGAGCCAACCACGUAUAUGAACGCGGCUUUUGUAGGAGCCGCGGCUGCUUUUGUUGCCCAAAACAAAUCACCACACAGUUCAUACUUGCAACAAAUUCAUGCUAAUGCUUCAAGUUUGGUCACAAAUUGUGAAAAGAAAUGGGUAUAGUUAGGCAUAUUAUAUAGGCCAGCAAUUAUUAAAUCAUCACUACUUAAUUACUAUUUUACAUCUGCAAAGUCGUGAGGGUUGUUAAAUUA